AUGUCGAAGAAGAGAACUUUGGACGCGUUCUUCGCGCCGAGUGCGAAAAAGACGCGAAAGGAGGAUGAGACUGUCGAGGCUGUCGGAAAGUCAACUCAUCUGAACUAUCCCUGCCCCAUCUUACAGCUAGCGCCUAGCAUUAGCAAAGAGCUCUCAUCUCUGCCAGCGCGUCCGGGUAGGGAAAUCAACGACCAGCCAGACCUUGACUUGCUCUACUUCGAGCCAUACGUUCCGUCAUAUCUGGCAAAAGAUCUCUUUGAGUUCCUCCGGGCAGAGCUGCCUUUCUACCGGGUUGAAUACGACAUCAACAGGGGCGGCAUCAAAACUCAUAUUCGCACGCCAAGGUGGACAACGGUCUUUGGCCUCGACGACACAGCACGCUUCGACGAAGAUGGCUCAGUUGUAGACGUCAAGUCCGGAUUCAAGGUCGAGGACAAGCGAUACCAAAGGUAUCCGCCUAGGCCGAUUCCCAAGUGUCUUGACGACCUCCGCCGCUCCACCGAGGCCGCGACAGACUGCAAGUUCAACUUCUGUCUGGUCAACUACUACGCCUCGGGGACAGACAGCAUCUCAUUCCACAGCGACGACGAGAGAUUCUUGGGCCCAGACCCAGCGAUCGCUUCGUUCUCCCUCGGCGCAAGGCGAGAUUUUCUCAUGAAGCAUAAGCCCAUUCCUCCAGACCCGGAGAAUCCGGAUAGGCCAGCCCCGAAACAACUCAAGUUGCCCCUAGCCAGCGGCGACAUGAUUCUCAUGCGAGGACGCACGCAGUCCAACUGGCUGCACUCGAUCCCCAAGCGAACCGGGAAGAACGCGGAAGACGGCGGGAGAAUCAACAUCACUUUCAGACGCGCAAUGGUGAAGGAUGGAACUGAGAAUUACUAUAACUACAACGUCGGGACCGGGCCGGUCUAUCGGUGGGACAAAACGAUGCGGGAAAUGCGGGUAUCUUCCGCCAGCGACCAGCUCAAAGAAAAGCCAUGA